ACUCUAUUUGACUCAAUGACACCAUCAUGGGAUGCUCAGGGCUGUUGAUUUUGGGUUUUGUCCUAAAUGUUGCUCACUGCUUGGACAUUCUGGGUCUGAGCGAAGAGCCAGUUCUUGAGAUCACACACAACAUCACAGCAGUCCUGGGAGAAGACGUCUACCUGAGAUGUAUAUAUCUGGGCGAGAGCAAGAUCGAGAGCGCCGAGUGGAAACGAAAGAUUAACUCCAAAAUGAAAACCAAGCGACUGGCAGGAUUUACUGAUGGUAAACCCUUUAGCCGCGAAAACAUUUCAAGCCCAGUCUCUCUCACCAACCUCACAGUUAAGAUGAAGGUGCACAGUGUGGAAGCAGAGGGAGAAUACCUCUGUGAGUUUGAAUCAGAGGCAGAGAGUGAUUCUGGCAGCGUAUUCCUCACUGUAAUAGCUCGGCCUGAUAUUCAGAUCCUGGUGAAUGCAGAGACCAUAAACGGCUCUGACUACCAGGCGGUGUCGUGCUCUGCGGUCGGUGGCCGGCCCGUGCCUCAGAUCACCUGGUUGGUCGAUGGCCGUUCUCCUUCAGAUUACCCUUUUACUGUGAGCGUGAGUGAAACUGUGCACUCAAACGGCACCUCCACCCUGAGCAGCAUCCUCCGCUUCCCCACCCAUCUGCAAGACGAGGACAGUGUGACCUGCGUGGUUCAACACCCGACCCUCCCAAACCCAAAACUCACCAGAGUGAGGGUGGAAACCUACACGAGGCCAAAUGUGACCAUUAAAGCAGAGAUGGUACAACAAGGAGGAAGUGAGUUCUGGGUGGUCUCGUGCAUUUCGUCUGGAGGGAGACCUGACGCUGACAUUGCCUUGGCUUUGAACACGGACGAAGAGCUGCAGAGAGAGAACAACACAGACUCAGACACACAGACAAACUCAGUCCUCCUCCCUGUGACCGUGUACGAGGGGCGCAAUGUCACCUGUGUGUUUGACCACCCCACAUUUACACACAAAGUGUCGCGAGUCAUAACACUGCCGUCUUUCUAUUUGUCAGGAGUUCAGCUAUUGCUUUCAGGGCUGGGAAGUAACCGUGACGACUUGCAAGGCACUGAAUCUUUAGAGCUGCAGGACGGACAGAGUGACACCGUCAUCAACCUGCAAGUCACGGGGAAUGUGCCACAUUACAACGUUACCUGCAAAAAAGAUGGUGGGCCCUUGCCUGAGGGUGUGGAGCUGGUUGGCAGCAACCUCACAGUUCAUGGUCCUGUGAAUCAUCAGCAUGCCGGCCUGUAUGAAUUUCUAUUCUCGUAUCGCCAUCUUAAAGCAACGCUCAAGUUUAAUGUCACAGUUACACAGCCUGUUCCUCCCACAAUACACGUUGACUUUCAUACUAAAGAUGGACACAAGGUGAUUGAGUGCUCAGCAGCUGAUGCUGUUCCUGCAGCCAACAUGUCCUGGCUUCUACCAGAGGGUGUGUCUGAAGUCUCUUGGUUCAAUUUCACUUCUCAUAAUGGAAGCCACUCCGUCAGGGGAGUUUUACUCCUCCCUGCCUGCUCGCCUUGGGAGCUCACUGCAGAGUGCGUGAUAAAUCACCCUGCGUUUGAGAAGCCAGAGAACAGAAGCAUAACCCUCCCUCUUUGCGCUCGCCCCAACAUCACCAUCAACUCAAGCUUUGAGUGGAAAGACGGUGACAAGUUCACAAAGGUGGACUGCUCUGUGGACAGCGUUGCCCCUGCAGCAACCAUUACCUGGCAUGUUGGAAACAGUGACAACAGCAUCAGUUAUCUGUCUGAGACCGAAGUCCAGGCUGAUGGUUUGGUAUCGGCCCGGAGCUCUGCGCACUUUGUGUCUUCUUUGUAUUCUGGUCAGAAUUUGACGUGCACGGUGGAGCAUCCGAGCCUGGAGGCACCAGAAAAAAGAACAAUACACAUUCUUGUGCAGAAAGCCCCUCUGAUGAGUGUGUCUGUGGUGAGACAGCAGGACUCUCCCCUCUGGUUGGCAGUGUGUGACUGCAGAGGGGAGGAUGUCGAGACCAACCUCGCCUGGGUCCUUCCAGAAAAUGUCAAAGGCCAAACAUCCCUGCAUUUAAAGAAUGAAGGGCGUGUCCGGAAAGCCAGGCUGACUUAUCUGUUCCCUCUGGCCCUUCAUGAGGGGCAGGACUUGACCUGUGCGUAUCAUUUUGAACAUGGAGCAACGGAGAAAAAGACCAUUCACAUCCCCAGAUACUAUAUCUCCUCUGUGAGAGUCUUAAACCACACGACUCCUCUGCAGAGCCGCUACGGUGAUGAAGCAAUCACACACAGACUGGCUCUCCAGGAAGAUCAUCACAGCCAGAGAGUACUGCUUCGAGUCGAAGGCAACGUACCAGAAUACAACCUCAACUGUAAAAGGAGUGAUGGCUCGUUUGUCCAAAUGGAUGGGACUGCAAUGGUCUUCCAGUCAGAGCUCACUGAGCAGGAUGAAGGCCUUUACAGCUGCCAGGCGUCAUUCUAUCACCACACAGCCACAGUCAACAUUCAAGUGGAGGUCACGAGCGAAGACAAAUUGUUUGCCCUUGUGGUCAUGAUCUGCAUGUCUUCGGCCUUGGCCAUCAUCCCCAUCUUCCUCGUCAUCCUCUGGGUGUACUGCAAAGGAAAUAGCAAGAAUAAAUAUAAGAAGAAGGAUUCUCUCUCGGCCUUGACCUCUCUGAUGCAAGAGCCCGGCUCUCCUGAGGUGAAGAAGCCAGCAGUGACAGAAAACAACAGUAAGGACUACGCUCAGCUGGUCAGUUACUCCAUAGUCAUUGAUGUGAAGACUACAGUGUGAACAUUUAUAAAAAGAUUAAAAUGGAAAAACCCUUUGGAUUACACAUUUUGCUUUACAUUGUGCACAAACUAUAUAAAGGCUUACUGGAACUACAGCAUUGUUUAUGAUUUAAGUGUAUGUUUAGAGUUCAGCUUUAGAAGUCAGAUCAUUUUUAUGUACUGAAAUAUGAGUUAUAACGCAUUAAUUUAGCACUUUUUCAUCUUACUUGAAUUUUGUACGUUUUUUAUGGAAAUUGUAUAUUCUGAGUAUUUGUCUAUAAAAUCACACAAAUAUAA